GAGACCUUGAAGAGGGAGGGGAAUGGCACACAGCAGAGAAACUGCCCAGGAAGGGUGCCUGAGCCAUACAGGGCUCUGUGAAUCUAGAUUUCUGCUUUAAGAUACUAGGAGACCCCAAUCCUGGCUGGAGUGCCUUGCAUUGGAGGGAAACGGGCUAGAGAGGGGCUGGAGCCCCAGGAAGGUCAAGAGAGGGAGUGUCUAGGUAUAGAGAAAAAGGAGUUAAAUGAAGGAAAGAGGAGAGUAGAUGGACACAUAUACAUACAUGUAACAGGAACAUAAAUCUAACAUCCUAAUAGAAUUAUGUGGAUAUAGACCCUUAGCGCCCUCAUACAAAACAGCACAUGGUAAGAGGCCCUUAGCACCCAGGCAUACAAUAUCAUUUAGACAUAGGACCUCAGCUCCUAGACACAGUAUUAUGUGACCACAGGUCCUCAGCAUGUAGACACAUGGCAUCACUUGACCACAAGUCAUCAGAGCCAUUCACACAUCAUGUAGACAUGGACCUUCAACACCCAUACAUACAACAUCAUGUGACCACAGGCCCUCAGCAGUCAGAUACAGCAUCACUUGGACGUGGGCCUUCAGCCCCCAGACAUGUGCAUUUUGUGAACACAAGCCUUCAGCACCCAGAGACAUAUACCACAUGCACAGAAAUUGUCAAUACCCUGCAGGGCCACCUAACAUAGAGGUUUAUCAUGGGAAUAAGUAUGGGUUAUGUCUCAUGACCCACUUGCUUCAUACAUACAACAUAAACACAGAAGGAAUCCUCCUGCUCCAGCCUUUCUUACUGUGCCCUCCCUGGCCUUCCGUCCCUCCCUUUCACGGAAUAGUCAAUCCUUGACCUAAACUGCUCCACUCAUCAGUUCCUCAACCACCCCAGAAUUUCAAUUUUGAUCAACCGACGUGAUGAAGACAUUUUCCGCUACUUGACGAAUCUGCAGGUACAGGAUCUCAGACAUAUCUCCAUGGGCUACAAAAUGAAGCUGUACUUCCAGACAAACCCCUACUUUACAAACAUGGUGAUUGUCAAGGAGUUCCAGCGCAACCGCUCGGGCCGGCUGGUGUCUCACUCAACUCCAAUCCGCUGGCACCGGGGCCAGGAACCCCAGGCCCGCCGUCAUGGGAACCAGGAUGCGAGCAACAGCUUCUUCAGCUGGUUCUCAAACCAUAGCCUCCCAGAGGCUGACAGGAUUGCUGAGAUUAUCAAGAAUGAUCUGUGGGUUAAUCCUCUACGCUACUACCUGAGAGAAAGGGGCUCCAGGAUAAAGAGAAAGAAGCAAGAAAUGAAGAAACGUAAAACCAGGGGCAGACGUGAGGUGGUGAUCAUGGAAGACGCCCCUGACUAUUAUGCAGUGGAAGACAUUUUCAGCGAGAUCUCAGACAUCGAUGAGACAAUUCAUGACAUCAAGAUCUCUGACUUCAUGGAGACCACUGACUACUUCGAGACCACUGACAAUGAGAUAACUGACAUCAAUGAGAACAUCUGCGACGGCGAGAGCCUUGACCACAAUGAGGUCCGCAAUGAGACCACUGAUAACAACGAGAGUGCUGAUGACAAUGAAACCACUGACAACAAUGAGAGUGCAGAUGACAACAAUGAGAAUGCUGAAGACAAUAACAAGAACACUGAUGACAACGAAGAGAACCCUGACAACAACGAGCACACUUAUGGCAACAACUUCUUCAACUGCGGCUUCUGGGGCAGCCAUGGCAACAACCAGGACAGCAGCGACAGUGACAAUGAAGCAGAUGAGGCCAGUGAUGAUGAAGAUAAUGAUGGCAACGAAGGUGACAAUGAGGGCAGUGAUGAUGAUGGCAACGAAGGUGACAAUGAAGGCAGCGAUGAUGACGACAGAGACAUUGAGUACUAUGGGAAAGUUAUUGAAGACUUUGACAAGGAUCAGGAUGACUACGAGGAUGUGAUAGAGAUCAUCUCAGACGAAUCAGUGGAAGAGGAGGAGGGCAUUGAGGAAGGCAUUGAGCAAGAUGAAGAUAUCUAUCAGGAGGAAGGAAACUAUGAGGAGGAAGGAAACUAUGAGGGGGAAGGAAGUGAAGAUGUCUGGGAAGAAGGGGAAGAUUCAGACGACUCUGACCUGGAAGAUGUGCUUCAGGUCCCAAAUGGUUGGGCCAACCCGGGGAAGAGAGGGAAAACCGGAUAAGGGUCUUGCCCUUUUGGGGAUUACCUCUCUGUAUCCCCCACCCCCUAUCCCAUUUGCCCUCCUCCUCAGCUAGGGCCACGCGGCCCCACAUUGCACUUCUGGGGGGUGACCGACUUCGUACACGGGUUUAAAGUUUAUUUUUAUGGUUUAGUCAUUGCAGAGUUCUUAUUUUGGGGGGAGGGAAAGGGGGUUAGUCCCCUUCUUUUGGCCCUCCGCCCCCGCAGGCUUCUGUGUGCUGCUAACUGUAUUGUGAUGCCUUGGUCAGGGCUCCUCUACCCACUUUCUCCCAGUUGUGGCCCCAGCCCCUCUCCCUGUGCUGUGUGGAGUGGACACCCUGACCCCCGAAGCGGGGAGGGUCGCUGUGGCCUUUGUCACAGCCGCGCAGUGCCCUUGUAGGCGCUGCUGCCACCCUCCUCUCCCAAGUUCUUUCUCCAUCCCUCUCCUCUUCCUGCCGCGCCGCUAGCCCGCCUCGGUGUCUAUGCAAGGCCGCUUCGCCAUUGCGGUAUUCUUUGCGGUAUUCUUGUCCCCCUCCCCCAGAAGGCUGGCCUCUCCCCGUGGACCCUGUUAAUCCCAAUAAAAUUCUGAGCAAGUUCA